CAACCCAACCGAAUAUGCACUCUCUCACUCGCAAAUAUCCGUCGCCCUCCGUCUUCUUCCCAGAAAAGAAAAAGGAAACCCUACAGCUCACAACACAAUAACACCCUCUCUUCCUCCAUCCCUAUGAGGUAGCGUAGGAAGAGCGGUACUGUACUUCUGGUACCCAUUACUCAAAGACAGAUCUUGCCAUGUGAGCAAAACAUGGCCAAUAAUUCCAAAGAAGAGCCAAAAAGUGCUCCACAACCAGAUCGGUGGUACAAUCUAGCCCUAGGCCCUUCAUUUAAAGAGCAAUCCUCCAAUAAGUUCUGCACUCUGCGAUACGAAUUUAAGCCAGCUUCGAUUGACAAAACCAAGCCUGGAUUAUUCCACAAGAACAAAGACAAUCGAGUUUCGGUUGAGUUUCAGAACAAUCAAUUAGGCAAAUCGAAAGUCACUUUUGAAGGUAGCAGCGAGGAUUAUAAAGAAAACGAUGCCGUUCUGUUUUUCGAUGGCCAGACUUUUCGAUUGGAGCGCCUUCAUCGGUCUGUUAAGCAGCUCAGGCACCUAAGAUUGCCUGGUGAAUCCGCUGCAGCGGCUUCUGCUCAAUCUAUGCUGGCUGUGGAGGCUCCCGGCUUGUCUCCUCCUGUUGGGAAGGGUGCGAAGCCUGUUCAGAUUGGGCGAAGUGCAUUUCCUACUGUGCCUGUUGAGGUGGAACGGAUUGAUGUCGGCGAGCCACAUGCUUUAGGUACAAAAGCAGCCAAUGAGGGGAUUACUGAGCAUCCAACCCAUGUACCAAAUGUAUCAACUUCCUCACCAAGCCCUAAGAAUGAUGAAGCUGAAGAACAUCAAGACAUAGACAUCGAGGACAUUUUUGGUGCUGGCUCACCUGAUGAUGGGAAUGCAACUGAAGAAAAAGUUGAUGUUGACUUUGAUAUGCAUGCACCACAGCAAAACAACACUGAUGAUGAGAUUGCUGAUGUGGAUGAUAAUGGCGAUGAAGCAGACAAGGGUCUCAAUGCUGCAGAAGCCCUUAGAGCCCAGGAGAAUGCAGAUGAGAGAGAUGAGCAGACUUCCAGUUCUAGUAGUAGCAGUGGAAGUGGAAGCAGCGGUAGCGGGAGCGGGAGCAGCAGCAGUGACAGUGAAGGCAGUGAUGAAGAUUCUGUCAACUCUAUUUGAAAGUUAAAGCAACUCUCAAGAAACAUCUAAAUACUAUCAAGCGGGUACCUGCAAAAUUAUAACAAAAGCUAAAAGAGUUCACAUUUUACUGUCGAAAUCCACAGUAAAAUUUAUUAUUUUACCCUUGAUUGAUAAAAUCAUCCAGGGAGAUCUUGUGUUUUUGUAUUUUUAUUGCAAAGUGUAAUUAUUUCAUUGCCCUUAAAAGUAAGAAAUAUUAAACUUGGGUAAACGGGCUUUGACUUACUUUAAAACAAUUAAGUUAUUUCAUUAUCUUUAGAAUUAAAAAAGGUUGUGCCCUUGAUAUAGGGUUUUUUUGUCUUUUA